AUGUAUCUACAUAUGUUACCAGAUCAUCCCCCGACAAAUGUGACUGCGUUCAACACCAGUUCCACAAGUAUCAACGUCACCUGGCAGCCCAUCCCGCCAGAUCAUAUGAAUGGGAUAAUCCUAUCGUAUCACGUUAAAUAUAGGAGACGUGAUAAACCAGACGAUAGCGCUUCCAUAGUAAUAGUUAUCAGUACAGAGGUCCAGGUGGAACUGAACGGAUUAGGGAAGUACAAAGAAUAUUCUAUACAAGUCGCUGGAUCGACAGUGGUUGGCUUGGGCAAUUACUCCGAGCCUGACUUUGUCCGAACUAACCAAGACGUCCCGGAUGAGCCGCCCGCUGACAUCACAGCCAAAGGAACCGAGCCAACAGUGUUAAGAGUACAUUGGUCCCCAGUCCCUGAGGAGGAUAUCAACGGUAUCAUAAUUGGUUACGAGCUCGCUUUAUUUAAUACCAGUGGGGAAAAUAUGAGGAAUUAUACCUUAAAUGCGUCUUUACUGUCGCUGGAAAUCACCGGGUUGGAAAUAUGGACGAAUUACAGUAUCAGGAUGGUGGCUUUCACUGUCGUUGGGGAGGGUCCCUGGAGUAACUUCAUUAGAGGAACUACGGACGAGGAAGCUCCGUUCAAAUCUCCAGCAAAUUUGACAGGACAAGCCAAAAGCUCCACUUCAAUUUUUGUUCAGUGGAGUUCUCUUGUUCUACCAAAUCUUCGGGGAAUUCUCCGAGGUUACACGGUUUAUUACGAAGAAGCGCCAAGUUCCGUUCAUCCAAGCGUGUUGAAAAACGUCUCAGUUGACAUCUCUGUUACUGACGUUGAGCUUACCGACUUAUACAAGUUUACUGAGUAUCAUAUUUGGGUAACAUCGUUCACAACCAGGGAGGGGUUGCCGAGUAACUCCAUACUUCUAACAUCACAAGAGGAUAGUCCGGAUCGGCCUCCUUUAUACAUCACAUACUCAGCUCCAAGCUCCACCAGUCUGUUUGUUGAAUGGGGCUCAAUUCCUCCGCGGUUUGAAAAUGGCAUCAUAAGGGGGUUCAAGAUUCAUCUCCAUGAAAUUCCGUUUAAUGGCACAGUGGAGGAGAUGGAGGUAGAACCUCUUCUCCACUGGAUUAUUCUUGAUAAUUUGAAGAAAUUCACCGCCUACUCCAUUCAAGUUCGUGCCUUCACUACUGAAGGAUAUGGACCCGGAAAUAAUCUCACUGCUCGCACCAGUCAGGAUGUACCUACCAGACCUCCGGCGAGUGUCACCACAGCAAGUCACGUCUCUUUGACAACCAUUCCAGUUGCCUGGCAACCGAUCGAUCCCGAGUAUAUCAAUGGAAUUUUAAUCGGGUACAAGAUAAGGUACCAGGCCGUUGCAGUUGGUGAGGAGACAGUUGAAAAUGAGCCAAUCAGAGAGCAGAUAGUCCCGAAGUCUACUCUGUCUCUGGUACUAAAUAAUCUUGAAGUAUUUACUUUGUAUCGUAUCGAUGUGUUGGGAUUUACAAACAUAGGAGAUGGUCCAUCGGCAACUGAUUAUGCAGAGACUUGCCGUUGUCAUAAACGCCUCACAACGAGUUGGUACGAAUUUCGUCCAUAUGUUCGGGCGUCUAAGGAAAAUCUCCUGAGUGGGCUUAUUCCACCAAUCCUUGACAAGCUAACAGUCACGUGCUGUGAAACCUGUCAAUCACACGGCAAAUCGUACGUAGACAUGAAUUCAAAUGGGUUCAAUGAAUCCGCCGAGCUUCCGAGUCUACGUGCACUAAGGAGCAACAUCGGAAAUCCAACAGACUUUUUCUUUCCGAUGUAUGGAUUCAAAGACCAGACGCAUUUUGCCGAACAGUUUGGUUAUCAAGGGAUAGUUGAAUCACCUGGAAUGGCGUACAUAGUGAAUACAAACUCCCAGGAUGACAUGCCCAAAACUAUCUUGGUGAACAUUGCUUCUUGCUGGCCAGUAGUCAUGCUGGCUAUGGCUUUUACGUAUUUAGCAGGCAUAUUAGUUUGGACAGUGGAGUCGCGUUGUAACCCAGACUUUCCUCCAUCGUUCGUCAAAGGAUUACCUGAGGGCUUUUAUUGGUCAUUCGUUUCCAUGACAACAGUUGGAUACGGUGAUCGUUCACCGAUGUCAGUUGUAGGGAGAUUUUUUGCUAUUAUCGUUAUCCUCUCCGGGCUGAUAAUCUUUGGUCUUGUGACAAGUGUCAUGACAACGGCUAUUACGACAGCUACUAUGGAAACGAAGUCCAGUCUCUACGGAGCUAAGGUAGCAGCGAUCAAAGGAUCUCCGGAAUACAGAAUGGCAGUGAGGAAGAAUGCACGAUUGGACGAAGAUCACGAAUACCACACGUUUGACGAUAUUUACAUAGCUCUAAAUGAACGGCAAGUUAUUGGAGCUUUGAUAGAUACAUAUAGUGCUGGAAGUAGCAAGGACUUGUUUGAGCAAGAAAAUCUACGAGUGAAUAAGAUCCUGGAUUACUCAGCUACAUACGGAGUUGUGAUGGGCAAUGAAGCCAAAAAACUCCGGCGCUGUUUCAAGCAUUACACUGAGAAGGUCUUGGCUAGUGAGAUUGCACACCAUAUACAGAACAAUACUGAACAGUUGCAGGAGCCUGCUGAGUCACUCGCGGUGGAAAGAUCCACAGGACUGUUCGACAGUCGCACUGCGUUAUUCAAGAAAUCAUUGCUGGUCAGUGGUUCCUUGUUAACAUUGUUUUUGCUUUCUGGCAUUACCUGGGAAAUAAUUCGAUUCAUCAGGGCAAGAUCGAAAAUUCAUCCAUCAGCUAUAAGACAGAAGUUGGAAAUGAUGGGCGAGAUGAAAGCGAUGGUGGAAACUCUUAACAAGAACAUUCGCGUAAUUCAUGUGAACUUGGCAAGAAGACAUUACAGAGAAAGACAACAGUUAUUAAACAGCCAUAUACAGGAGCCGAAGAUAGAAUUCCAAUCAAUAGCUGAAAUAAGUUCUCAGGAACUCGCAAACACCUUUGAUUCAAAUUCACGUUUUCAAGAGGAAAGAGAACACGAGGCAGACUGUUGACGAUGAUGAUAACGAUAAUGAUAAUAACGAUAAUGAUGAUGAUGAUAACGAUAAUGAUGAUGAUAGUGAUAAUGGUAAUGAUAACGAUAAUGAUGAUGAUAACGAUGACGAUGAAGAUGACUGCGGUGUAUGAACGAGUUGAUAAUCUAACGCAGUUUGAUUGAGAGUCGCAUGAUGAAAACAAUAAUUACAAUGGGUGUCAAGAAUUUUCGUUAGGAUAAGUCUCUCAUAUAAGUAAAUGAUAGAUAGAUAGAAAGAUAGAAAAUGUAUUAGAUAAAUAAAUGGAUAAAUAGAUAAAUGUAUUUAAGGUGAAAUAAUUCUUACGUCAGCGGAGAGAUUGUUCCUGAAUAUGGAGAGGGAUUGUUUUAAAAAGGUCAAAUAUUUAAAAGAAGAAAGUCAGGCCCUUUUAAUCCUUUGACUCUCAUGAGUGACCGAGACAGAAUUUCUCCUUACAAUAUCAAUACAAUAUCAAGCAGCUAAGUGAUGAGAAUGAAGAAAAACAUCAAUUAAUUAUGAGAUUACUGGUUGAUUUAAACCAAACGUCGGGUGAAAUGGCAACCAGGGGAACAUAUCAAGAUCAAGAUAGAGAAGCUUGAAUCACCUCGUUCAGCGGCAGCAUCAUAGACAAUAUGACGUCAAACCACUGUUUAGAACACAGUAUUUAAUGAUCACAUGGCGGACAUUCGGUUUUUUCAAUAGAACAAGACACAGUAUUUUUUUAAGAUCGCCUAGAAAAGUGUAAUAUUAAUGCGUGUGAUUUCGACUGUCAUAAAAUACCGUUAUUUCCUGAACGAUAGUUGUGUCCGUGUGUUUGACAAUCAGGAGCUUUUUUAAAUCGGAGAUAAUUUCCUUUAUUUUCAUGACCUUUACCUUUGAUUCAAGGGUGAUACUGAAAGGAGAAAUAAGAAGCCAGUUAAUCUUAGGGGUUUAAGGGAAAACGUCGGAUUGCGGAUUGUAAUCUCUGCGGCAAGAUACUUCUCAUGGCGCUGAUUGA